AUGAUUUCAGGAAAGUCAUUUGGUCUGGUUUUUGCUCUCUUUAUCAUUUCAUUCUCUUCGAGUUCGUUUUCGAAACCUUUGGACAAAGCAUUCACGUCUUGGCUCGAACGCCUGGAAAGCGACUUGCGUAACAAAAUUUUGUCAAGCGGUGCCUGUGAUGCCUGUAAACUGUUGAGUUUUGCUGCUCAAGUAGCGUUUAAGACAAACAACGUUGUGAAUGAUGUGGUUCAUAUAUCAAGAGAGGUCUGCAAAGAGCUAAAGAUAGAAGACAACAGAGUUUGCACCGAGGCUAUAUCUGAAUUCAAAGUUGAAGUUUUAACAGUUGUGGACGAAGUCUUUCUUAGUCCUUCUGAGAUAUGUGGAAGCCUUUUGGGACCUUCAUGUGCACAUAAAAGAGACCCUAGUGAAUUUUGGAAUGUUACUAUACCAGAUAAGAAACCACCUGUAAAGCCUAUUCCGCCCCCGAAGGUAUGUACAUUAUAGCUAGUGCAGAUGUUUCCUACGUCGCCCGACGCUUUAAGACGGAAUCCUUAAGAAAGAAUGCAAUUUGCUUUAAAUAAUUCUGGUACAAGAUUUUUGUCUUCUGAAAAUCAAUCUACUCAAUGCCCUGGUGGAUUCCGUCUUAAACCUUCUGUGUAGACUAUAUUAAUGGUUAAGACGAGUGCGUGGGCCGGUUGCAACGCAGGCUAGUGCAGAUGUAAUUCGAUUCCUUUUUGUUUUUGAAUAAACAGGUUCCUACAUCCAUUCAAUGCAAGGGGUAUCAGGUGUUGAAGAUGUUUUUAGUCUCGUGACUUGCAUGUUAGAAUGAUUUUACUUAGCCCGCUCCGUGAAACAACAACAAUAUCUAAUAAUUUAGUGCCACAAAGUUCCAAUUAAGUGAACUUAAGAAAACUAGAAAAAUGCACUGUUGUCAAGUACUAUAUUCUAGUACAUUGGUUGAGUAAACAUAAUGGCAUUAUUCCAAAUUUUAGUUUUGUGAGAAACUGAAAGAAUGAUGCCAGCAUCACUUAAAAAAUGUACAAAAAUUUACUGCUGAUUCAUAGUGAUACACUGCAUUUUAUUAUUUUAAAUAUUUUAAAACCUCUUUGGUUCCUUGACCGGAAGGUAACACCUCCAGUUUUUCUUGUAAGUUACCGUUGUUCUUCACUGGUUUAAUUUUUGAAAGAUUCUGAAUUAGUUUCCUAACCUUUAAUUAAGGAAUGCAAGAUAACCCCCGGGUGAGAGUGCAGGCAUAUAACAGGAGGUAUGCCUACCCUUCUCAUUGCUUGGAUACCCAAUAUCAUUUGGGUGCGGCAUAGUCCACUCCGAUCACUUGAUAUGGGUUGAUCCCAUGAGUUCAGCUGGUCGGUAAAUUACUGGGUGGAGGAGCUGCAUACGCUAGUGCUUGAAAAUGCUUGCAUCCAUGGCAGUCCCCUCAUACUUUCCUCACCAGUUGUCUCAGCCUUGGGAUAGUUAACCUAACCCCUCCAUGCAGUGUUUGCUGGUGUGCUUCUCCUGUGAGUCGGGGACUAAGCAUGCUGUUGUAAGGCAAAUAAAUUGGAUACUCCCCCUGUACGAAGUCUCAGCAAUCCAGUAACCCCUACUGAUUUGGCUGUGAAUUCAGCGCCAGGCAAUCUUCCUCGACGUCGCAACAGUCACUCCUCUGGCAGUCUGUUUCUUCGGUGGUCAGCAGUCCCACAAUGCGAGGCAAAUGUGUUUUACUUAAUUUGUGCUAAAAGAAUAAUUCUAUACUUUUCUGUUUGUUUUCAGCCUGGUUCUCCUGUGUCAAGAGUUCUGCAGUUCUCGGACAUUCAUCUUGAUUUCUUGUAUCAGGAAGGCAGUAAUCCAUAUUGUGGAGAACCUCUUUGUUGUCGAAGUAAUGAUAAACCCCCAGGUGUGUUUUUGUUUAAGUGCUAAAAACAUGAAAUUUGUUGUAUGUUAAUCAUUUAGCAAUAGAACCCGGCUGUUUAAGCCGAAAAUUUAAUAUUACCUCAGCCAAUUUGGUUCAACUGGGUGCUAGUGAAUGGAUACCCAAAAAGGAAGGUCAACUGAAGACAUUAAUGUGAGAAACUGCCCUUUAAGAUUUAGGGGGAAAAAAGCAAGAACAAAUGAGAUUGAAGAGAGAAUAGCCAUUUAAAAAAAUCUUUGAUUUUUGCCAGGAGCAAUCCUGGUAGAGCACAGUCAUGGUUACCAUUCGAAUGAAACCUCUUCUCUGUAGGUUUUGCAAAACCAAAUUAAAAAGAUCCAUGUGGAAUAUUUUUUGUUUGGCUAUGAAAGAUCAAAAGUCUCCGAUAUUAAUUUUUUAAUUAACAAAGAAUUAUGCAGAUCAUCUGGAGGGUGUAAUCGGCUUAGGUGGAUAAUGUGUCAGUAGUGGUUGGUAUAUUCUUUGGUUCUUAUUUGAGGGAUUUAUCUUUAGAAUGAGAUUAUCGUUUUUGCUUUUUUUAGAUCCUGGAAAACCAAAGGCUGGGAAAUACGGAGAUUAUCAAUGUGACAUUCCAACCAUCACAUUUGAGAAUAUGCUCCAACAUCUCAAUGCAACUCAACAGGUAACUUCAACAUGUAUCAUUACCUGAUAACAAGUUCUGACUGUCAAUAUAAGAAAGCUACACAAAGUAACAUAACUAUUGUUCUCAUUCAAUUUACCCACUGCCACCAUCACACUGACCGUUUAAAUCUGUAAAAAUAAAACACAGAACAGUCGAACCUCAAUUAUCCGGACUUUUUGAUUAUCCUUACUUGUUUCCCUGGUCCCAAUUUUUUCAUGAAUACUAAUAAGAUGUGAUCUUGAAAAACUGAAAUGAUUAAAAUUUCAUUAAUCCUUCCAAACAUGUGGUUAAAACACUGUUUUAAUCUGUUUAGCUUUGAAAAAGUGCGAGUGGCACAAUUAAGAUGAACAAUAAUUAUUAUUCUGAUGCAUUCAGCUGAAUUCUGAUUGGCUCAAUUGUUAUGUUGCUAAUUAAGGGAAGUCAUGCUUGAUUCCGCAUUGGUUAUGUAAACAUAAGACCAAUCGGUUGAAACUAGCAGUCUGUUCUCUCUAUAAAGGAUAAACAAAUGAUUGUUUCACUUACAGUCCGUACAUAAAUUCAAGUAGGAACUAAUUCACGAUAAAAUGUUGUUUUCUUUAUUCCCAAUGUUUACAUUAUAAUUGUCUCAUUAAUAUUCAUAUCCAGACUCUUGAUUACCUGGACUAUUAUUUUACUCAUGUCCCAACGAAUUCUGAUAAUCAAGAUUCAACUGUAUACACUAAACUGAAAGGGAGGGAAGGACAGAGAUCAAGCUAAUCAGAAAAGAUGGCUUAGAUGCAAAACAGGCUGAAUUGGAAUGCACAAUGAAUCUCAGCAACGUGAUCCCUCAUUUCAAGCCCUUCCACUUACCUUAGUUUGUUUCCUAUUAUAUUAUUUUAUUUUACAGAAGUUUGAUUACGCCAUAUGGACUGGAGAUGUUCCUCCACACAAUAUUUGGAAUCAGUCACGGGCAGAUCAGGUGAAGUGUUUAGAUGGUUGCUUAAUUGUCAACAACUUAUGUUUCCACACCCAUUCAGUUUCAUUCUUUUCCACAACAAGAAAAAAAUGAAUAUAUAGACCUUUUUACCGAUACAGUGGCCAUAUUGAAUUAAUUGGAGUUAAGGAGUACUAUGGGAUGCCCAGGGGGGCAUGAGCAUGAUCUGAUAUACUCGCAUCAGUAUUUACAUGCGCUUUUUGGGCCAGUUUUUCUUUAAGUUUUCCUAAAAAAAGAUUGUAAUGGGAAAAAAAGAUCGUUGUGCCCUGUUUGGAUGUAAAAAUGAUCACCUUUUUCCCGAGAAACAUACAUUGAAGUUCUCUUUUUGCCCGAAAAGCUAUCGUUAAUGCUGAGCGAGUGCCCCUUGGGCAUCCCAUAAUACUCCAUAAAUCUAAGAAAUUCAAUAUGGCUGCCAUAUUGGUAAAAAGGUCUAUUGACUGAUCAUGAACUAACUGAUCAUGGACUGUAAUAUACAGGUACAGAAAUGACAGUGAUUAUAUGUUACAGCUCUGUUGCUCUCAAUACGUUAUUUUAAUACAUUGAAACCUAUAUGAAAUGAAAGUGCUGUUAUAUUGAGCAGUUAAUUUAUCACCCCCUAUAAGCCAUCACCAGCACAAAAAUUCCAGAAAUUCUUGAUUUCCCUUUUAUGAUAACUUCAAACCUGACCAGUCUGUGGGACAUUUUCCUCCCAUAAUAGUUAUUUCUAUUGGCAGUUUUGGUAUGUCAUUUCUUUUCUCUUUGGUGGAAAGAGUAAAAGAACCCAUCUGAGGCAUUUUUGCAUGUUUUCUUUCUGCAGAUAGCAGCUUUGGACUAUGCCAACAAACUGAUUGUAAAAUACCUUCCAGGAUUGAAAGUGUUUCCUGCAGUUGGAAAUCAUGAGGGUGCUCCAGUUAACAGGUUGAUCAAAUUUAUUCAUUGGCAAUAUUUUUAAUAAUUUAUUGUUAAUAAUAUAAAACUAUAUGAAGGUGACAAAACUUUGCAAACUUAGUUCAACUGACAGUGGUUUUAGCUUUUCAACCAGUGUGCUGGUUUUGUUUUGGAAUAUAUUUGGAGAAACAUUGCAACCACUGUUUCCUGAACAAAAUGGACCAAGCUGUGUAUGAGGGUAUCGAACUGAGUGAGCAUUGUCUGAAGGCAUGCAGUCAUGAGUAUCUGCAGGUUCAGUUGCGGUGAUCUCGAUACCGAUCAAAACUUUAGAACAUUAAAAUACAUGUAAUGUUAAUUUUGAUAGAUAAUAAUAUUAUUGUGAACUUACUGCCAUUCAGUUUGCAUUGGCUAUACUUCAACAUACUGUUAUACAUGACAGGCUCCAGUUAAAAUGUUUACCCAUCUAAGAAACACAUGAUGAGUAAGUUAAUUAGUGAGUGAUGUUUGUUUCAUAUUAUUGUGUUUUACACACAGCUUUCCUCCGCCAUUCGUCACAGGCCCUGAUUCAAAUCAGUGGUUACGCGACUCUUUAGCAGACCACUGGAAGAUCUGGUUACCAGAUUAUGCCUUGCCUACAAUUUACAAGUGAGUGUGCAUCACAUAAGAAUUAACAAUCUACUGCUGUUGGCUAGUAACCUGCAACUGGUUUUCUCUUAUCAAUAAAUUAACAGAUUGUGUGGAGAUCUAUUAAACACAUAUAACUGUAUUAAUAACAAUUAUUGUUAUUAAUACAGUUAUAUGAGGCAGAAUAGGCUAAAAUAAUAAUCAAUAAUUUUAUUAUUAUUCUAAUGAGCCAAUGUCUUAACCACAAGUAGGUCAACAACCCCUGGUUAAAUUUUGUAUGUUGUUUCUUGAUUUCAGAGGAAGUUACUAUACAGUGUUGUUGUCCAAAGGAUUUAGACUAGUGUCCCUCAACAUGAAUUAUUGUAACAACAUGAACUGGUGAGAAAAUAUAUAUAUACACUAUAGAAAAUUUUGGGUCCUUAACUUAAGGGUUAAUUUUCUUAAGCAAUAGAUGUUCCUAAGUAACAGUUGAAAACAUCCUGAUCCUUUUAAGAAUUAUUACAUUUUUGUUGGUGCAGGUUAGCAUGGAUUAUACCAGUACUGAAAGAAACUGCACGCUAUAAGUGCCAUUAUAAUAUUUAUCGUAUCACAUGUUCUGAAAUGAUAGCAUACAGAGACAACUAAGCAAUUUAGUAAAGUCAAUUUUAUUUGAGCUAAACUGCUACCAAGUUAGUUAAAUUGGAAGAGCUCCUGUCUCCUGAUUUGAGAGUUGGGUUCAUUAGGUAUGUCUGUGAUCAGGCCAAUAACCAGGGUUAUUUAUAAUUAGAAAAGUGGUUGUUAUUGGCUUUGAUUCAAGACCUUGUCUCAGUUCCAGUGAUGAUUGGCGUUGUCUCCCUCAUUCAUCCAUAUCAAUUCAAAAGGGAGCUCAACAUACACUCUGUACUUCUUAUUUGUACUGCUGUACAAUAAGAGUAGGGGUGUUCUGACAUUCUUGAGCAGAAGGCCAUGGCCAGGGACUGUUCAAGGUUGGAAAGUAAAUAAAAACAAUAACAACAACAACAAAUAUUUACUUUUUAAAAGAUUGGCAUAAUUAUAAUGAAGAGCAAAAACUAGUGUCCACUCCACUUGAGUGCAAAUAAUUGCUGUUCAUGGUAAUUGCUCUGUAGCAUUUAGCUAGAUACAUGUAAAAGAAUGACAUUCCCGCACGGCUCUAGCUGAAUUUGUGGUAAAUUAUUUCGUAAUGUUUAUGUUAGUGAUGAUGUUUCAUGUUAGGUGGCUUUUAAUAAACAACACUGAUCCAGCUCAACAGCUCCAGUGGCUGGUAGAUACGUUACAGGAAGCAGAAGACAAUGGUGAAAAGGUUUGUUCACUUCUUAUUUCAGCAUUAUUUUCAAUUUUUUCUUACUGUAGUCCAUAAUUGGCAAUUGUAAAACUACUUGACCAAUAUUCUGACUUCAAGGCCAGCAUGUAGGAGCAAUAUGGCUUUCAUCUGCAACAUCACAUUCAUCCCUUACAACUGUGGGGAUUAUUGGAGCUCUGUACAAGCGAAACAGAGUUAAAAGAGCUGUGUCAUGAAAUUCAGCCAAAUUAGGUGAACUACAAAAUGCCCGUUAAAUUAAGAGAAACAUAAAAAUAGCCGCUUUAAACUUUAAAGGUAACAGAUACAACAGAUGUCACAGAUGGGCAAAUCUGAAGAAGAUUGUAAUGGAUUGAAAUAAGGAUUUUUGAAAACUGUUCAGCCUAACAGUUUUUCAAAGUUGAUCCCUGCUGCCUCCAACUUCAAAAAUAAUGCUCAGGAGACAUAUUUGUUUGUGUCGGAUCUCUGAUUUUGUCAUUCACAUGUAAUUUCUUUGCUUGCUUUAAUUAAUUUCAUAGCAGUUGAGGGCAAGUAAUUGGCAAAAUUAAAUAAAAUGAAGUGGACUGCCCUGACACAGCUCUUUUAAGAGCUUGGGAGAAGAUUUUACAAGCAAAUUAAGUACGGGUACACCUGUAAAUUAAAAUCUACCAUCUUGAGAUUAUCAGUUCAAUCCCAACUAUGCAAUCUGCUGGUAAAGGUAAGGUAAGGGGGCACAGGCGCCAAAGUCCAAAGUCCCAAGCGGCCGAAGCUUAAUUAUCCCGGUUUCCUUAGCAUGAAGCAUGCCUAGGAGUAUUGCUACUCCCCGCUGGAUGGGGCAGUAUGUCACUGGUACAAUCAAUCAAUCAGUCAAUUAAUCUUUAUUCUCCUAAGAUAAAAAGACAUAUCUUAAGGUGACUCGACCCAGUUUUUUUGGGGGGGUACCAUCCUACUUUGAAGCUCUCUGGUAUCCCCACCUUUACUUUUAUCAUAAGUCUAACACAUAGAAUGGAUAACAUAUAGAUCAAUCUACUAUGUAACAUAAAAUUUUUGGCGAUCAGAGUAAAUGUAACGUGGUUAUAAUGCCACGCCCCUUUGAGGUCUGAGUCGAAAAUCUGCUGUUACCGGCAUUUUUUCGUGAAAAUCUCUCUGCGACACAUAGUGCGCAUUAGUGCCUUGCGCUGAACAGAGUUUCACCAAAAUCGCAAAGACCCAAAUAUUCGAGAAAUUCAGCGGUUUCCAAAUUUAGGUCAUAAUUUAUGCGAAAAUGGUAAGCAAACUUUACACGGAUUAUAUCUUAUAAACUAUGAGACUCGUCUCUUUAUUUUGGGCAUCCUUAUAACAGAUGGGUCCUUGCAAGUCAGCAAAACGCUUUAGGGCCUUGUAAAUGCGUGCGAUUUCGAGCAAAGCAAACAUAUAGAAAUUAUAGUUUUCGCUAUUUGGUGACGUUUUUCAUCGUUUAAGAGUCCUUCUCACGAAAAAAAGCAUUUUCUUAAAAAUUCGUAGUUUUUUUUCCUUCAAAUUUUUUCAGGGCCACAAUUGAUUAACUAACUACCCGGACUCUGAAUUUCAUGGUCAUUGAAAAACUGUGACAUUAUCUUCUAUAAGCCCAAACUUGAGUAAACAUUGAAGAUUUUUAGCGUUUUGGCUGAUUUUUUGCUUUGGGAGUUGUCUAUUGUUUCUAGUCUGUCAUUAUACAACAUUCUUGUUCAGCACGCGUGCAAUGACCACGCUUGGCUGACUUCCGAAUGCUCACCGAGAUACUCCCGUCACGAGUUGGUUUAAUUAUUGGCUUGCAUUAAACCUAUGAAAAAAUGAUAUUUUUUCAGUAGUAAGUAGAUUUAGUGUUUUUUGCAAAGGCACAGCACUUCUUGAUUUUUGUGCAAAGGUACAAGAAGGCCUGUCUCACUGUACAAAAUUAAUUGAUUAAAAAUUGUGAGUUAAACCUCUGUGUAUCACGACAAACUGGCCUGUCUCACUGUACCAAAAAAUAUUAUUUUACUCGUUUGAGCAUUCGAAGUCAGCCAAGUUUUUCAAUCAUUGCAAUUCAGAGUGCUGAACAAGAAUGCCGUAUCAUGACAGACUAGAAACAAUAGACAACUCCCAAAGCACAAACUCAGCUAAAACGUUAAAAAUCUUCAAUGUUUACUCAAGUUUGGGCUUAUAGAAGAUAAUGUCACAGUUUUCAGUUUUUUACUCCGAUCGCCAAAAAUUUUAUGUUAUAUUGUAGAUUGAUCUAUAUGUUAUCCAUUCUAUCUGUUACACUUACAAUAAAAGUAAAGGUGGGGAUACCAGAGAGCUUCGAAGUAGGAUGGUAACCCCCCAAAAAAACUGGGUCAAGUCACCUUAAGUUACACAUUUAUACAUCUGGUUGAAGAGAGACAAAGUGGAGUAAAGUUCCUCCUUGAAGGAAACAAUGCAAAUGCAAUCUGCUGGGAGGGGCGUCAAAAUUGUUUACCAGGAACUCAAACAUGGAUGUUAAAAGAAAAGUCAAGGAUUAAUAAUUCAUCCUUGACAAAUGCCAGCAUCCAGGUUAAAGCUAAUAUGGGAGCUGCAAGAUAAACUACGUGGAAAAUUGGAAUCCACUGUGUGUAAUGCUCUGUGUAAUCCAUAAUAAUUAUUAUGUGAACUCACUCUGCCAAUUCUUGUAUUGUGAACAGGUUCAUAUUAUUGGCCACAUUUUGCCUGGAAGCCCAGAUUGUCUCAAGCCAUGGAGCUGGAAUUAUUACAAGAUAGUGAACCGUUACCAGAGCACUGUAACAGCACAGUUCUUUGCCCACACCCAUGCUGAUGAGUUUGAGAUCUUUUAUGAUGAAAAGACUAGGAAAAUACCCACAAAGUAAGAACAAAAGCGUGUUUAUACUCGUGAUGAAACCUGAAAACAGUCAUAAUGUGAUGUCUGAUGCAAUGUGGGAGUUACAAUGUAUAUUGACUUGCUGAACAUUAGUUAUAUAUUUGCAACAGUACUACUGUAUACCUGACUCAGUUUAAUUUGCCCCUAGCAUUACUGUGUCUGGUAGAUUUUUAUUUUACCAUGAAAUUAAAAUCAAACUGACAUCCACUGUCUUCCAUUAAUUAAGGCAAAACCUUCAAUGAAUCAUACUUCCUAGCCUCUCAUUAAUUUGUUCAUAUGGAGCUUAUUUAAGUUACCUGUAACUACUCAGUCAGAAAGGAAGUGGAGACACGUGUAUUUUUUCUGCUGUUCAUUUCUUAUUACUCUUUUUGUGCUGUACUUUUUUUGUGGUACAUCUCCCAUGUUUUCACUGUGCAUAAGUACUUUUACCCACCAUACUAUGUCAUCAAUAAAUGUGCUAAAGAUUUCCCAAGCAAAAUUGUGAUUUAGUUAGAAUGUAGUCCAGGUUUGUGUAUCUACUUGUAUAUGUCCUCACAAAUUGCUGUACAGUGUAGUUUCGAUAUUCUUGUUUCUUUUUAUGCUUUUCUACAGUUCGAUCUGAUUUUUUUUUUUUUUACUUUUCAUUCAACAGUAUGUCCAAACAGUCUAUUAUCAAUAUUGUUAGUGAAAAUGCCUAAAGUCAUGUUACCUUGCCCCAUCACCUAAUGUGUUACCCAGAAUCAUUUCCCUUUUAUUCAAUUGUGCAUGAACUUGAGUGAGAAGUAGUGGUCAUGGUUAUAGGUAACAUUUUUUAAACUGUCAAGAUGUUUCUGUGUUAAUAUAAAUUAUGCUGAUGAUUUAAUGACUGGUAUGGUCUUAAGUAACAUAGUUGUUUUCUUUUUGUUUCCAGCAUAGCUUUUAUUGGACCAAGUGUUACAACGUACCAAACCCACAAUCCUGGAUACAGAAUAUAUGAAGUGGAUGGAGAUUAUGCCAACAGCUCUAGGGUACCUGUACACAGUAGAUUGUUCUGUGAAAUUAAUGGCAUGUGCAUUGUAGAAUAAUGAGACCUAAGACUAAGACUCAGACUAAGUGAUUGUAACUCUAACUCUAAAACACAGUUUCUUUGUCUGUUGUCAAUAAACUCUCGUUACAUGCUAUAGGUUGUCCUAAAUCAUGAAACAUACAUCCUGGACCUAGUGGAGGCAAAUAAGGGAAAUGUACAGUGGAAACUGGAGUAUAAUGCCAAGGUAAUAUUGAUGCUAUAAUUUAUUGUUUCCUUGAACAUCCACCUUGAAUGAGGUUAGUUAAGUGAGGGGAUGGGAAGGGAAGUGCUUAUUAUUGCUAGUUUUGACAAAGGGGAGGCUGCUUAUUACACAGAGUUAGAGGGGUGGGGAGCUUAUUUUGCACAAUAAGGGCAGUGGUCCUUGUAUUUUGCAUACACAGGCUAAUCAGUUAGUCCUAGGUCAGCGUAUUAGGUUUUUGGAUAUACAGCUAGUCAUAUUUGAGUUUACUUCCUUUGUAAGAGCAAAAAAAACAUGUCUAACAUAUGAGAAAAAGGUCAGCUUGAUAUAUGCAUGUACAUUAUUACUCCUUUAGCCUUACUAGUUUACUUUUCAACUCCCACUUUAAACAUGUUUGUGACUCAUUUGUAUUGAAUCGAGUUCUUACUUGUGUAUUUAGGAAGCUUAUGAUAUGCCCUCACUUUUACCUGAAGACUGGAACAACCUCGUUCAUCGCUUUGCAGUUAAUAAGACUCUCUUUGACACAUUCUACAAGUAAGUGACAGUCAUUGAAGUAAUGUAAUAUUAUUUACCAGGCAUGAUGUAGAACUUUGUUGGGAAUCCAGCUUUCAAAUUCAGACUUGUAUUUAUCAGUAUGCAAUCAGUGUAACAUGGCUUGUACACUAUAAGUCCUACUCCCCAUAAAAAAUGGGAUGCUUGUUGUCCGUAUUGUCUCGUGUAGGGGUGUAAAUUACAAAUUUUAGAAGAUGCCAUACUCACUGAAUAAAUUUUCAAAAUUUUCCUUUUCCCUUGGGCCUCAUGAAGCUCCUCUCUCAUUCAAAGCAUUACAAAAUAACUGAGCAGUGAUGUUAAAGGGGCAAAAUUGCACCCCUGUCAGUCUUAAAUCACACUUUUUCUGUCUGGAGAGAAUGGACUGUAAUAUUGUCGUGCCACACCCAAUAAUAGCUAAUAAUUUGUGUUACAGGUUUUUUUGGAAAUCUGCACCCGGCCAUUCCUGUGAUGAUAGCUGUCGUUCUAGUAUGCUAUGCAGGUUGAUGACAGGCCGUUCCUAUGACACCAGUGCCUGCACUCUUCUACAAGAAACAUUUUCAAAAGAAACUAUGCGUCAAUUUCAAGAGUCAGUGGAUAUGUGCUAGAAUCACAUCAAUGAAGAAUUAAUCCAUUAACUUUUGCAAAAAUAUAGUACAGCAGUCUUCUUGAUUGUUGGUAAAAAUGAUUGUACAGAUAGAAUCAAUUAUUUAUGUGAUCUGUACGUGCACAAAAUACCAUACGAUACAUCAGAUCUUUGAAAGAGUGCUUCAGCUGCAAAUGGUGGCCUUAAAGUAGCUUAUAUUUAUAACACAAAUAAUAUAUUUUGCUCUUAAUACUAACAUAAAUUUAAACAUUCAUGUCAAAAACCCUAAGCAAAAAGGCAUGGUCACUUUCGCUUACUUUUGGUUACCACUUUCAACAGAACUAGCAAAUUUAGAAUUAGCCAAAUUCCAUAAUUUUUAUGAAAUGUACCUGUGACUGUUUGACUGUUUUGCAAGCAUUCACUUAUUUUUCCUUUUUUGAAACUUGAAAAUUGGUGACAUUUAAAGUAUUUGUAGAAAGUGAAAACUUUUGCCAAGUAUAGUACAGCUUCGCAGUUUGGUGAUUUAUAUUUCCAAAUAAAAUUAAUUUUUAUCACAGAUACCUCUUAUUGAGUGCCUCUUAGAAUACUUGGAGCCAGUUUUGGUUGGCAGUGAAUUGUAGCUAUUUGUAUAGAGCAAACCAUUAAUGCCAUAACCCUAAAUGCCUACAGCUUUACUAGAGACAAGCAGAUUUCACCCCCAAGCGUCAUUGGAGAACAGACCUUUUUGUGCAUAGCUAUUCUUUUCAAAUUAACUAUCUUGGGAAUUCAGUUUGGAAAACUUAACAAAUUUACACUGGCUUGGUGUUGAAAUUUGUUCAUCUGACAUAAACAUGCACAAGGACUAUUCUUGGGAAAUUUUGAGAACAGUCCAUUUUUAAGUUACCGGUAACUCAGUGCUUUUAAUGGUGAACCCUUAAAUGCUUAAAAACGUGGGUUCAGUUUUUCCCCUGUAUUGCACUGAGAUGCACCUUCCAACAACGUUUGAAAACAUCAUGGGAGAGAGGUUUUUUGUUCCUCCAUUGACGACAUUUUACGCAAGCGUUCUUGCAGCCCAAAAGAGUAAUUUUUGAAUGAAAUAUAGCACAAACGUCCUGGGCCUUAUUUAAGAGCAGAGGUGAAUCAGAGCCCGAUCCAUCCAUGCAAUGAAACAUUUUUUUUUCUUAGUACUUCACAUUUCACC